AUGGGGUUGGGGUCAGGAGUGGACGAGGUGAUCGGGGCCACCCUCGCCAUCGUGGCGGCUGCAGUUGCCCUGGCAACCGGGACCUCGGGGGCUAAGCUGGGGGUCGUGGCCGUCCGUGCCUCCGUCGGAGGCCUGUGGGCCUGCCCCCGCGUCCUCCGCGCCACCCUCGGGAGCCCUCGUGACCGCCGCGCCGUCCGCGCCGUCAUCGUCAGGGGCCUGCGUGACCGCCACUUCCUCCGCGCCGUCGUCCGGGGCCGGAGAGGCCGCUUCGUCGUCCGGGGCCCUCAUGGCCGCCGCACCGGCCUCCUCAGAGCCCACCGCUACGCUGCGCCCACUGUCGGCGGACCGCUGAGACCCCUGGCAGGCCUCGCGAAGCCCGGCCCCUCGGCGCGCAAGGCUGUCGGGGAUGGCCAGGGCGCCUGCGCACACAGACGCCGCGGAGCUGGUUCCCACCGAGCCGGCCUCGCUGUGUUGGCCCAGAGCCUGGAUCCGGUCGACGCUGACCCCGAGGAGAUGGAGGCUGGUUCCGGAAGCUGCGCCCCUCGACGCGUGACGUCACUGUCGGGCUCCUUCGUCCCCGAGAGCAUUCUGAUCGUGUACUUCACAGCUACCUUCCCCUGCGUGGUCCUCGUCGUGCUGUUGGUGCGGGGAGUGCUGCUGCCCGGCGCCCUGCAUGGCAUCAUCUGCUCUCUCAAGCCUGACUUGUGGAAGCACUCACUGGGUCGUGAGUGCCGGCACCACGUGGGGCGUAGAGAUCACGCACGCAAGGAUGUCAAAGAAUUGAAAACACUAAAGGACCCUUGUCAGGACUUCAGGGAAGCAAGCAGCAGCGUAAUAAACUGGAAAAACACUUUGGGGAAGGAUGAUACAAGUGAGAGCCAACCACAAGGAGCUCUGAGAUUUAUCUGA